UCGGGCACCUCUUUCACUCCACAUGUAAUCGCUGUUAAAGCUGGAGAGGAUGUAGCUUCAAAAAUUAUGGAGUUCUCACAACAAGGGCCUCGAACCAUUUGCAUACUUUCAGCAAAUGGUGCCAUAUGUAAUGUAACACUUCAGCAGCCAAGUACAUCUGAUGGAACCGUAACUCACGAGGGUCGGUUCGAGAUAAUCUCUCUGUCAGGCUCUUUCGUGCUCACGGAACAUGACGGUACCUGUAGUAGAACUGGCUGCAUGAGCGUGAAACUGGCGGGAACUGAUGGUCAUGUUGUUGGCGGCAUAGUAGCUGGAAUAUUGAUGGCAGCAACUCCUGUUCAGGUAGUGGUGGGUAGUUUUCUUGCCAAAAAGAAGCCAAAGCCAAGGCCAAAGUCGGCACCCGUUACUCAUGAGCCCUCGUUAGCUAUGCCCCAGAUGUCUGGAUUUAAUCAUACAUUUGCGUUGUGCCCACCAUCUCAGGCAUCCUCCAGUGAUUCUGAUGAUGAUCGGGGGACUCCUAUAAAUCAUAACAGUGGGUAUUGCAGCAACUCCAACUAUCAGUUUCAGGGCCAGCCUUCCUAUUCUGUGGGAUGGAUUGGUUAACAAGGCACGCCUGAGUUCUUAGUUUUCAGAUUAUAUAAGGUUGGCAAUGAGAGCAUAUUGGUAGGUUUUAUAAAUCUGUGAAUGAUCAGGCUAAUGUGAUCAGGGAUAUUUCUGCUGAAUGAUGCUCUGCUGCACGACGCAGUCAGGUUGUUCAAUUCAAACCUUUUGUAGUUGCAAGUUAAAUAUGCUUUAAUUUUGCUCAAUCUUGGUUUGAUUUGAUUUGGCAAGUUUAUGUUUUGUUUGGUGGGUUUAUGUUAAACCUGACGGAGUUCAUACUGAACCAUACCGGUUCAUCAUAGUGGACGUGGUGAAUUUGCAA